GUCUAUUACCCUCUAAGAAAAUUCCUUUACAAUAAAUCAAUAAGGAAUGCCAAGUAUUCGUAUAAAGUAUGAGCAUUGGGAGGCAUAUAUAUCGGCAUAGCACCAAAAUACAUUCAAAAAAAAACUUAUCUUUUAGUAACAAAUUAUCAAAUACAAUCAGAUAGCAAGUGUUAAAAUGUUUAUCUCUUUGAUUGCCUGUCAUAAAAACUGAAGAAAUAUUAUGCCUGGAAAACAAUCAACUCUGCAUUCAGAAUAUAUAUUUUCUAUGGAAAUUUCGAGGGUUGUAAACUUGAUGACUUUAUGCAAAGUACCGCAUCGCUAGGGCAAUCCAAGACAUAUAUGAGACUGUGAUGAUUGGUACACCUGCUGUGACUGUGUUAUUUAACCAUUUUCACUCUUACAUCAUCUUCCACUCGACACGACAUUUCGCUGUUCAGAUGUGGAUGUGCAAAUCAGAGAUGUUGCAGCUGCUGCUGCUGUUGGCCUGGUUAAAUGCUGUGUCAUUGCAGAAGCUGCAGUCAUUCCCAAGGCUCUGCAAUGUGCGCGACUUUGAUGACUUUCUGCGGCAGACGGGCAAAGUGUAUCCGGACGAAAGGGAGCGUGAGUUCCGUGAGAGCAUCUUCGCGGCGAAGAAGUCUUUGGUGGAUCUAUCCAACAGCCGUGUGAGCAGCUAUCGCCUCAACAUUAACACACUCGCCGAUAUGACACGCAAGGAGGUUGCCACGCUGCUCGGUUCCAAGAUCUCAACUCAGGGCGAAGAACUGACCGCACGCCACAUCAACUUUGUGCCCGCCACAACCGCGUUAAGUGACAAUCUGCCGGAAUCGUUUGAUUGGCGUGAAAAGGGAGGCGUUACACCGGCUGGCUUUCAGGGUGUUGGCUGCGGCUCGUGCUGGUCAUUCGCGACAACUGGCGCUCUGGAGGGGCAUCUGUUUCGGCGCACUGGUGUGCUGGUGCCGCUGUCGCAGCAAAACUUGAUGGACUGUGCCGAUGACUAUGGCAACAUGGGCUGUGAUGGCGGCUUUCAGGAGUAUGGCUUUGAGUAUAUACGGGAUCAUGGCAUAACGCUGGCAAACAAGUAUCCCUACGAGCAGGUGGAGAUGGAAUGCAGGCAGAACGAAACGGCCGGCAGGUAUCCGCGCGAGAGCAUUGUCAAGAUACGCGACUAUGCGCGCAUCGAUCCGGGGGAUGAGCAGAAGAUGAAGCAAGUGAUUGCCACGCUGGGCCCCUUGGCCUGCUCAAUGAACGCCGGCGCCAUAUCCUUUGAACAGUACGAUGGCGGCAUCUACGAGGACGAGGAGUGCAAUCAGGAUGAAGUCAAUCAUUCGGUCGUUGUCGUUGGCUACGGCACAGAAAACGGACGUGACUAUUGGAUCAUCAAGAACUCAUACUCACAAAACUGGGGCGAGGCUGGCUUCAUGCGACUCCCACGCAAUGCUGGCAGCUUCUGUGGCAUUGCCAGCGAGUGCAGCUAUCCCAUACUGUGAGCACGUGCCAGCCGUGGGUUAGUCAGUAUCUUUAAGUAUUUGUUAAUACCAUGUAUACGAAUUUAUUUUGUUACCAUAGUUUGUAGAAGGAAUAAGAAAUGUUUUUGUAAAAAUAAAAA